UCAGCGCUGUCAAUAGUACGGCAGGUCGGCUAGAUAAGACUCGACUUGAGUGUAAUAUGAAUGAUACCAUUAUUAUAAUAUACCAGAACGACGUGGAGGACAACCAGCUAUUGUUCAGAACCCUUAUCAUCUUCAGUGAAAAUAAAAUCCAUUCCAACAAUAAAAAUGUCCAAAUUAGAACGCAAUGAGAUCCUACUUCUUUUCGACGUCGAUGGGACCCUUACCUUCCCACGCACAGUAAUAAAACCCGAAUUCGAGGAAUUCUUUUACUCGAAAGUGCAACCCCGAGCAACAAUUGGCAUUGUGGGUGGCUCUGAUUUAGAAAAGAUGUUCGAACAAUUAAAUGGCAAGAAGAUUUUAGAGAAAUUCGAUUUCAUAUUCCCAGAAAAUGGAUUAGUUCAAAUAGAAGCCGGUAAAGAAGUUGGAAAACAAUCGAUUCAAGAGCACUUGGGUGAGAAAACCCUACAACGAUUCAUUAAUUAUGUGUUGAAAUAUCUAUCGGAGCUGGAAUUACCAAUCAAGAGGGGCACGUUCCUGGAAUUCCGCAAUGGCAUGAUGAACAUCUGUCCAAUUGGCCGUCAAUGUACGAGAGAAGAGCGUAAUAUGUUUGCCGAGUACGAUAAUCAACAUGGAGUUCGAAAGGCGAUGAUAAACGCACUUACUCGCGAAUUCGCCGAUGUUGAUCUGACCUACAGCAUCGGAGGGCAGAUAAGCUUUGACGUGUUUCCACAUGGUUGGGAUAAGACCUAUUGUCUGCGACACAUCGAGAAGUUUCACAAUUUCGAAGAGAUUCACUUCUUCGGAGACAAAACCGAACCUGGUGGCAACGACUAUGAGAUUUUCGUAGAUCCACGAACAAUUGAGCAUAAAGUUGAGACCCCCGACGAUACCAGAAGAAUCCUCACGGAAUUGCUUGGUUUGUAAAAGUCGACUAUGACCAAAUGAAAAUAUUGAACAGCAUUCCUCUGAUGGCAUUUGAAAAUAUAAAAUUAAACAUUCUGUUAAAGGCGCUUUAAAUUUAUUAAGUUUAUAAAAAUAAAAUUGUAUGUAAAAGA